CGGAUUGUGUGUUGACUCGCAUUCACAGCUGAUUACGAGUGCCCUUUAAACUGACCGAUAGUUUGUCACUUGGCUCACCCCUACGACGACUACCUGUGCUCUCAUACAAUGAGGUCACGACAUAAGGGCGCCACCGGUUCUCUGCUCAAGUCAUUACUAACGCGACGCCACCGACAAUCACUUCAUCCCAUCAACAGUCUCACCGCAACACCAGUAAUGUCGACACCGCUUCCACUCAUAUCCCUCUCCAUGGCUUAUGUCCAGUGUCUUCGCCCAUACACUCAGCCGCAGGAGCCGUCCGAUCAAUUGGUCGACGCGUUGGUCACCACAGCCGGCGUUGGCGUCAAUAUCCUGGCCGUCGAUUUGGGACCCAUUGACUCCGCCCAUGAACUCGAGGUUCGCCGCCAGCAGGCGGUGGGCGUACUGGCGGUGAUGGCAGUGACGGCCAAUGAGACGCUUAGCGCCGCAAUUGGUUUAUACGGCCAGACGACUGUCCAUUGGCCUGAGGCGGGCGGUGCGCCCCCACCAGCGGAUCAGCCGGUCCUACCGGUGGCCGAGCAGCCGGCGCCCAUCGACAGCGACUCGAGCGCUGCCUCUUCACCACUGGGCUCGAGCUCUUCAUCAUCAGCGGCGCCGCACAGCUCGCCCUCCAGUGCGCCCACAACCGGCCACUCGUCCAACGAAGCCAUUGAUGGGUCGGCGGUCGACAGCUCCGGAGGAGCCGACAGCGGCCCCAAUCUGUCGGGCCUGGAGUCGGACGCGAGUCACGUGAGUGGCGGCGCCGCCCAACAGAUGCGCUCAUCGUCCGAAGAGGGGACGGACGACAGCGGCGGGGGUGCCGUACAGGCGAAGAGAGGACCGAAUGUGCGGUUUGGCGAAAAGCCAUUCACUGUGCAAACGGUGUGUGUUUUGGGAGACAAUCACUACUGCAUUGGCAUUGAAUCGCAUCGCAAACACUGGUCUACGAGUCGUGCGAAGCGAUUGUCACUCAAGAAGAAGAUCACCGCCGAAGAGAUGAUGAAAAUAGAAGAAGUGAAGAAUGUGUCGAAGAGUGCG